CGUGUGUGUGUGUGUGUGUGGUAUUCGCCAUCAGUGUGUCCUUCACUUCGUAGACAAGCAGGAGGUUAGCAAGAGAGCUACCACUGGAUUUGGAAGCCAAAGCGAAGUCAAAGGAGGGUGAUAUUGUGUUUUCUCCACAAAAAGCCCCUCUUCCAUUGCGGAGUGAGCGCACGCACAAGUCGGGAUGGCUUUUUUGAUCAAGAGCAUGAUCGGGAACCCCCUGUCAGGAAUGGGUUUUGGUGGUGGAGGUGACAAAGAAGAGGAGGCCACCCCCUCAGAUCCAGCCAAAGCUGCAGGGAUGACACGCGAGGAGUAUGAGGAGUACCAGAAACAGCUGGUGGAGGAGAAGAUGCAGAGAGACGCAGAUUUCUUACACAAGAAGGCAGAGAGGGCAACACUGAGGGUGUGCCUCAGGGAUAAGUACAGGCUGCCAAAGAGCGAGCAGGACGAGAACAUGAUCGAGAUGGCCGGGGACGACGUGGACGUGCCCGAGGAGCUGCUGAAGAUGGUGGACGAGGACGCCACCGAGGAGGAGGGCAAGGACUCCUUAAUGGGCCAAUUUCAGAACUUGCAGAACAUGGACAUGGACCAGCUGAAGGAGAAGGCCUCGGCCACGGUCACUGAGCUGAAGAGCAAAGCAGAGGAGAAGUGCGCCGUCAUGUGAAUUAGCCGAGGACGGUGUGUUGAUUUUGUAAAAAUGAGACAAAACGGUUUCAAAUGUUCAAAUUUCACCACUUUUUGGGAAAAAGGGAGUUUUAAGAUUCACAUUUGAAAUUAAAUAUUCUUAUUUCAUUUAAAAAAAAAAAAAAAUGUAAUUUUAGAACUACAUUUGACUUCAUUAAGGAUUAAUUGUAAAGAUUUUCCAUAAAAUUUUACCCCAUUACAAGACUUUGUUUGGUGUGACGGGUACCCAGUCCAACAUUUUGUGAUUUAUUGUUCAUUGUUGUCAGAAAAAUGAGACAGGUUAGUCUCUAAAUGUGUUUUACAGUCAAGUAAAUAAAAAUAUAUGGAGACGAGCUGAUAGAAGCCCCAUCCUGUCUGAGUAUGUCAACUUUCCUCUUUGGUUUUGAUGUUAUUUUAGGUCAUUUUUAAGUUUAUUGGUCACAUUUUCUGGUGUAUCAGAAUUGUAAUAAAAUGUAAUGAGCCUGAAACAUUGCAGAUUUGCACAAAUAAUAUGUUUAAGAUGCAUUUUUUAAAAUGAAUACAGCAUACAUAAAAGAUGAACCGAGAAGAGAAACGUUCAAAUAAAGAUAUACGUUGAAUACGA